UUGGCGUUACGCACAUCGCGUAUCUGUUCCGGUAAUGGCGUCUGUGUGCGAGAUGCGCUCGGCUUCGGGAAAAUGAAGCGCAGGAGAGUUUAUUGUCAGUAAUAAAACUCGCGGUUUCCACACGCGGACUUUGCGUCUGUAUCUGCCGCAGGUUCAAGAUCCGAUCUCAGUCGUGACGCGACGCGCAGCCCGACAUGAUGAAGCUGAAGUCGAACCAGACGCGCACGUAUGAUGGAGACGGAUUCAAGAAACGGGCCGCCUGUCUGUGCUUCAGGAACGAGACCGAGGAAGAGGUGUUGUUGGUGAGCAGCAGCAGGUAUCCUGACAAAUGGAUCGUUCCCGGGGGGGGGAUGGAGCCCGAAGAAGAGCCGAACGACGCCGCUGUCCGAGAAGUUUGUGAAGAGGCCGGUGUCAAGGGGACUUUAGGAAGACUCGUAGGAAUAUUUGAAAAUCGAGAUAGGAAACACAGAACGUACGUCUACGUUCUCACCGUGACUGACGUUUUGGAAGACUGGGAGGAUUCUGUAAACAUUGAUGUGACAGGGAGAAAACGGGAGUGGUUUAAAAUUGAGGAUGCCAUCCAAGUGUUGCAGUGUCACAAACCCGUUCAGGCCACAUAUUUCGCGGCUCUUCAGGAGGGCUGUCUGAACCGGAACGGUGCUCCGCUGGUGGCCACCAUAGAUGAAGAUCUGUCACCCACCUACAGCAUCAAUCAGAGCUCCGUCUCCGACAUCAGAUAACUAAUGCGAAACAACCGCACUUAGAUGCUUCCUUCACUCGCGCUCUUACUUUCAUUACUCUCUUCUCCUUUUCAGUUUUACGUCUUUAACACAAAACAAAGACACAAACAAUGCUUCGCCAACCCUCUGCGAGUGCCGGGACGCUGACACAGACGUCAAGCGUUGGAGGAAUACUUUUGUAAAUUGAAUACUUUUGCUGUUUACCGAUUCGUUUUUCUUUUGUGCCGUGUGCUGCGGCCCGGGCGAGAUUAAAUGAACACUUCUUUAUACAGUCGUGAUGUAAACACACACACACACGGUGCAUUAGCAUGUGACAUUCAGUAUUUUACAUAUUGAGUUUCCUCUGCGCUCGUGUGUGUGAAGGAGGUUUUGUUAGAAGCGUGACUGUGAGAUGAAACCGUGGGAAUGCGUGAGAAGUGAAUCGUUUUGCAUGAGCACUGGUAUUUAUUUGUCAUAUGAGUCCGUGUGAUGCCAUGAAUGUUUCACCUGUACGUCGUGUUUAAUAGAUGUUCUUAACUUCCCUGUUUUUCCUGUUGUUUUACCAUCUUGUAAAUAUUCUGCGGGCACCCAAAAACACAGAGGGUUUCAUAUAUACGACUGCCUGAUUCCACUGGACUGUAAUAUUACCAUUUUGAAUACAAAACUUGAGUUAAUAUAGUACAAACCAGAACAGAAAUAGACUUUGAUAUUGUAAUGAUUUGGCUUAAAGUCGCUUGUAUAAAAACAUUUUCCCCUGUGCGAUAACUGAUGAUGUAUUUUCUCAUUUAAUAUCCGGCUGCAUCUGGACAUGUCACGACUGGAGUAAAAUGUUUUUUUUUAACACCGGGUCAUGUUGACUUGAAUACUGGCUGUUAGCAAAUGUUUACAUUAUAUAUAAUAUAAUAACCACAGGACAAGUGCUUGGACUCCCAGUAUCGCACAUUUCCAAGAGGUUUUUCCCACAUCAGACACGUCCAAUUCAGCUCUUUCCAUCUCUGCCCCCGAAUCGCUGAGUUCAAUUGUGUGUUUGUAGUGAACACGAGACAGUUUUUACAUCUUUGUGUAUUUCAGAACUGGAGAAUGUUCAGCAGAUUGCGUUUCACUUUAUGUUCGAGCAAAUAAUAUCUUUCAGUCCGCUUGUUUUAACCUCUUGCAUGUCUCAGAAAUAUUACUUUACGUCUUCAGACACUCAUUAAACCCUCGAGAGGCCUGACAGUUGAGUGGAGGACAGAUUUUAAUACGAGCAUCAUUGAUGAAACGUCUUCUCUUAUCCUUUGAGACGUCAAGGGCGUCUUUAAAGUCUAACUGCUCGCUUCAGUCUCGUUGAAAGCAGCGGUUGAUGUGAAACUGUGAAUUCUGAGCCAAUGUAGUUAGCUUUUGUUUUAUUUCCUCUUGUACAGAUCAAAUCUUUCGAGUGCUUGUUGUUCUGAUGUAUAGAUUGUGGUACACGUGAGGUUGCGGUGGUUGGUGACCCAGAACUGUCGAGGGUCCGGCUUCUUAUUUACAGCGGAGUGUUGGACUUUUAAGUGCAUUUAUAUCAAGUUUCAUGGUUUUUAUUGUUAGCGUGUCUGCGAAGUAAUGACAAACCCACGAUUUAAGAUCUGAAGCCUUUGGUUAACACUACAUCAUGCCGUUAAAAUUCACAUCUAGUGCAGCAUGAAACACUUGAAGUGAAUUAUGAGAUAUGUGUGUUGGUUUUGUGGUUUGAUGUGAUGGUUGUUUUGGUGUACGUCUCAUUCUCAUGGCUGAAGAUUGUUUUGUGUAGUGGACGUGGCUGCAUUAAUCUUAAAGAUAUAAUGAACAGUUUCUCUUUAGCAUGAUUAUUGAUAUUAUUUCAAGUUUCUAGAAAACAAAGUCAAAUCUAAACUGCUGCAUUAUUAAUGAAGAAUCAACCAGAUGGAGCACCCAUACAGUAAAAAAAUAAAAGCACUUUAAAUUUGUCGUACUCGCAUCAUUAGACUUUGAAUGUAAAUCACGGUUCGGCCACGGAAAUUAUAUUUUGAAAUUCUGUAAUUGGUGUGUAUGGGAUGAAAUGAACACGAAAAUCUAUCAACACUCCAUCAAAGCUGUGACCCAGACAGGUGUACCCAUCACUGGAAUAUUUUAAUUUUCUCAUUUUGGGAUUGUGAAAUCAAACGUAUGAGAAUGUAAUAUACAUGUGCCAACUAAUAAAAAUACAGUAUUUCA